CUUUUACAUGAAGUUCUCUCCAUCACAUCCCAUCUCUCCCCCCUGUCCAGCUUCUCUCUCUUCUCGCCUGCUCGAGUGAAGCAGAGCGCAUUUAAGAAAAGGACGGUCGUAGAAGAGGAUGCAUCGCCCUCCUGCUGAAAACGAGCGAUCUGUUUCCGGAAUACGUCAAGAAUGAUUUCCAGUAUUUUCUAGCGCAAAGGAUCAAUGAUAACAUUUUGGAAUUGCCUUGUAAUUCAUUGCGAACGGACCUCUGAUGCGUCGCAGUUUUGUGCAAGAAUACACGUCUGAACUUCGGAUUUACGCAUCGUUGUCACUGGCGACUGAGCUGCGGAGAAGUGCAGCUCCAUCACACUUGCUCACACACACACAUACACACACACACACACACACACACACACACACACACGCACACGCACACACAAGUUCACAUCAGCUGCUGGUGUUUUACAAUCUACGGGAGUGUACGCGUAGAAUAAACGCCUUAGUCAUGUGCGCGCAUGCUCCGAAAACUUCCCGCGCAGAUCGUUUUAAACGCUAACAGCUCGAACGCAACGGCUAUAAAUAGAGCUCAGGUAAAACAUGAGAGAGUCUCGCCGCAGAUCUGGUGCUCGUAACCGCAGUAAAGGCAGAAGGGAAGCGGUUUGUCUGUUCGGGGUUGUGCGUAAAGGCGCCGGUGAGCGUCGCCGGGACCCGGAGCUCUCCAUCUGGCGCUCUGCUGAGGAACAGCCGCUGUCGGGGCUGGAGAGAUUGACUGUGACGAGGUGGAGAAAAAAUGAGACACGACGAUUCUAACAGUUAAAACACUUCUUUUUCUACGCGUAGAGGGCGAAUUCGCGACUGUAAAUAUCAUUUGUAACAAUUAAAUGUUUUACUAUUCUUGUAGGUAUACGUGCGUUUAGAUUUUAAAAUAGGUAUUAGUGAAAUACAUGUAUUCAGAUGAGAAAUUAUCAUCAUAUUUAACCUAUUUAAUUGCAAUAAUUCCUCUUUGUAGUUAGUAUUUAUAUUUAAACAUUAUACUGAUGGCAUAUUAGCUCUGAUUUUUUUACUAACAUUUACUAUUGGGUAUGACAUGCGGAGUUGUACAGAAUUACAUAAGGAAUGAAAGUUUGAGAGCCGAGUGCGUUCAGACAUAUGAUUGCAAGCAAACAUGUUGUGGUCAUCCACCGAUCUGCAGAGCUUUAGAGGAACAUUUGACCGGCUGAUGGGAAGGAUUCAUUCACAAGUUAUACAGAAGCAAGUGACUUAAUUGUAAACGGGACUGGAAUAUGAUUGGAGAAGGACCAUUUGGACAUUUUGUUUUUCUUGGUGGCUUGAGAUUACUUCUGGAUCCUGGACUGGGAAUAAUUAAGAAGGAAUAAGGGAUUGUACUGGCUCAUACGGUUGCAUUUCUGCCUUAGACGCCGCUCGGCUCCGGCGGAAAAGCAUCGCCACCGGGAAGCAGCCAAGCAUGGAGAUCCCACCCACUGCCCCCCCACAACCCUUCCGACAAUCCGUGAGUAACCCACCUUUCCGUCCCCGGUCCCUCUCUCCAUCCCUGUCCCUAUCGCUGCCGUUCGCUCCAUCGCCCCUGUCGCCCUCGCUGUCCCCGUCCCAUUUACAGUCCCAAAAGCGAAUCAGCACUCCUCCGCUGCCUCGUUCUCUCCCUCUCUCCCCGAGCGUCUCUCUGACUCUCCCACCCUCUGUCCCGCUCUCCCACUGGGCUGCUGGUGAGUGGAAGGUUGUGGGUUCUAAUCCAGGGACGGGAUCCAGUGUGGCGGCACUGCCCUCUCUUGAGAGUUUCCUCAGUAGAAGACUGAAGGGGUCCAUUAAACGGGCCAAGAGUCAGCCCAAGCUGGACCGAACCAGCAGCUUCCGCCACAUGAUCCUCCCUCGCUUCCGCAGCGCCGACCAGGAGCGGACUCGUCUGAUGCAGAGCUUCAAAGAAUCACACUCCCAUGAGUCUUUGCUGUCUCCCAGCAGCGCAGCCGAGGCCUUGGAUUUGACACUUGAUGAAGACGCCAUCAUCAAGCCUGUUCACUCCAGUAUAUUGGGACAGGAGUACUGUUUCGAGGUGAUAACUGCUUCAGGAACAAAGUGUUUUGCCUGUCGGUCGGCUGCGGAGCGAGACAAAUGGAUCGAGAAUCUACAGAGAGCUGUCAAACCCAACAAAGACAACAGUCGGCGUGUCGACAACGUCCUGAAGCUGUGGAUCAUUGAGGCCCGUGAGCUCCCACCCAAAAAGCGCUAUUAUUGUGAACUGUGCUUGGAUGACAUGCUGUACGCUCGCACCACCAGCAAACCCCGUACCGACACUGUCUUCUGGGGUGAGCACUUUGAGUUCAACAACCUGCCUGCUGUCCGCAACCUCCGCCUUCAUCUGUACAAAGAGACGGACAAGAAGAGACGCAAGGAGAAGAGCACGUACCUUGGCUUGGUCAGCAUUCCCAUUUCCAGCAUCACUGGCCGUCAGUUUGUGGAGCAAUGGUACCCCGUCAUUCAGCCCAGUGUUCUGGCCAAGGGUGGCGGCGUCGGAGGAGGGAAGAUCAUCAAUGCCUCGCUGCGGCUCAAGUCACGCUUUCAGACCAUGAGCAUCCUGCCGAUGGAACUGUAUAAAGAGUUCGCAGAGUACGUCACAAACAACUACCGGACGCUGUGUGCGGUCCUGGAGCCACUGCUGAGUGUCAAGAGCAAAGAAGAAGUGGCCUGUGCUCUGGUGCACAUCCUACAGAGCACAGGGAAGGCCAAGGAUUUUCUGUCAGACAUGGCGAUGUGUGAGGUGGAUCGCUUCAUCGACCGCGAGCACCUGAUCUUCAGAGAAAACACCCUGGCCACCAAAGCCAUAGAAGAGUACCUCAAACUCAUCGGACACAAGUACCUCAAAGAUGUUUUAGGUGAUUUUAUCCGAGCGCUGUAUGAAUCAGAGGAGAACUGUGAAGUGGACCCGAUGCGAACUCCCCCUUCAAUACUGCCCGAACAUCAAGCCAACCUCCGGAUGUGCUGUGAGCUCGCCCUCUGCAAAAUCAUCAACUCAUAUUGUGCGUUCCCGCGAGAGCUGAAGGAAGUGUUUGCAUCAUGGCGUGUCCGCUGUGCUGAGAGAGGAAGAGAAGACAUUGCAGAUCGACUGAUCAGCGGCUCCCUCUUCCUGCGCUUCCUCUGUCCAGCCAUCAUGUCUCCAUCUCUGUUCAACCUCACGCAGGAAUAUCCCGAUGAGCAGACCUCACGAACACUCACACUCAUCGCCAAAGUGGUCCAGAACCUCGCAAACUUCUCCAAGUUUGGCAGUAAGGAGGAGUACAUGUGCUUCAUGAAUGAGUUUCUGGAGAUGGAGUGGGGCUCCAUGCAGCAGUUUCUCUAUGAGAUCUCCAAUCUGGACAGUGUGAGCAAUGCUGGGGCCUUCGAGGGCUACAUUGACCUAGGCCGCGAGCUCUCCAUCCUGCACAGUCUGCUCUGGGAGGUUAUGGCUCAGCUGAGCAAGGAUGCCAUCAUCAAACUUGGACCAUUGCCCCGCCUCCUCAAUGACAUCAGCAUGGCCCUCCGCAACCCUCACCUGCAGAGGCAGCCCAGUCAUCAGACAGACAGACAGCCUGCAGAGAGACAGACAGACCGACUGCUGUCCCGACCCAGCUUCAACAGGGGCGUCUCGUCUGAGUUCCAGAAUCUCAUGAUGAGAGACCUUAACAGUUCAGUGGAGAUCACUCGUCUGCCCUCUCCAACUUCUGCCAUGUCCAGCGGUGGAGCUCCUCCAUCCCGUGCAGGAAUGGCUGGGUUUGCGGACCGCGAUCAUCCUCACCGAGCCUCGUCUAAAGAUGUUUUCUAUGGUGCCCGUCCCCCACUGGCCCGCUCCAGUCCAGCGUACUGUACUAGCAGUUCAGAUAUUACUGAUCCAGACCCAAAGGAUUCCAGAAUGAACAGCGUCUCUAACCUGCAGUCUAUGGGGGACAUGCUCAACUCUUCCCAGGCCUCGAUUGCUGGCCUCGGCAGCUACGGUGGGCUCGCAGGCUUGGGUGGAGGCCUCGGAGGUCAGCUGCGAGCCGGAGGACGUAUGUCGGCCGGAUCUGGCGGUUCCAGUAUGUCCGGGGGUCUGAGGUUGAGCCAGCUGAGCCAGAUGGGAACCACUACCGACUCCCUGUCCCAGCAGCAGCAGCAGCAGGCCGCCGCCCUCCGCUUUCCCCUGUCCUUCCAGAACCCUCUGUUCCACCUCGCUGCUGACGGACCGCAGCUUCACCACCAGCACAGUCGAGCUCAGCCUCCUCCUCCGCUCCUGCUGGCCCCAGAGCCGGACGGUUCUCACCCUACUUAUAUCCCACAGUUUGCACAUGGUGGUUUCUCCCGAAGUGAGGACCUCUCCACCCUCAGACCCGGCCCUCAUCUGGGCCAGCCAAGUAUUAUUCAUUCUCACAGCUACAGCGACGACUACAGCCGUCAUAACCAGAGCGACUACGGGCGACGACAGAUCUCCAUGCACAUGCAGGAGCAGCAGCAGAUGGCAGGCAUGGCAUCGCAGACUGGCACAUCUCAUUCAUCUCUCGCCACUCCUCCUUCCACUGUUCAACCUGUUCGUCAAAGCUCCAUGGCUCCUCCCACGCAGCGCAUGAAAUCACAACCCUCACAUCAGCUUUCUGUGAGCUCUGCCGCUGGUGCCCCUGCGUCCAAAACCAGGCCGCAGAGCGGAAACCUGCUCCAGUCCCCGGAGUCUGGCUUCGGGGGCCGGCAGCAGGGCCCUCGGCAGCAGCUGUCUGUCAAAGACAGCACCCCACCCGGCCUGCCGCAUCAACAGAGCUCCACCAGGGAGAGUCAGGGAUCCCAGGGCUCUCAGGGUGGAACGCCGCAGUCCACGCAGCAGUCCAAAUCACAUCAGGAACGGCAGCAGGUCCAGCAACAGCAUCUGCUCAAGCCUACCAUGAGCAAACAGGGCUCUUCACAAUCUCCAUCCACCCUGAACCCGCAGACCCCUGCCUCUGAGCGGACGGUCGCCUGGGUCUCCAACAUGCCCCAUCUUUCUGCUGACAUAGAGAGUUCCCGCAUCGACAGAGAAGAGUUCAAGCUGAAGGAGUACUCCAAGAGCAUGGACGAGUCCCGUCUGGACCGGGUGCGCGAGUAUGAGGAGGAGAUCCACUCACUGAAGGAGCGUCUGAUGAUGUCCCACCGCAAGUUGGAAGAGUACGAGAGGAGGCUGUUAACUCAGGAGCAGCAGACCAAUAAAAUCCUGCUGCAGUAUCAGAGCCGACUGGACGACAGCGAGAGGAGACUCCGACAGCAGCAGAUGGAGAAAGACAACCAAAUUAAAGGAAUUAUUGACAGACUCAUGGCGGUGGAGGACGAGUUGAGAGUAGGAGUGGUGCCUGAACACAAACCCAGAGUAUUUGCGGAUCAGGAAAAGCAGCUUUCCGCCUUGGGUUCAGCAGACCCCGGUGUGAGUUUUGGAGGAGAAAUGACCAGCGCUUCUGGCUUUGUUGGAGUCUCCCCUUCGGACAAAUCCUCCACCCGAUCCCCCCAGAAUGGAAUCGCGUCCUUCCCGUUAGUUCCCCCUCCUCGUUCAAUUCCUCACGCACAACUCUGGCCGAACGGCAACCAAAAAUCUGCAAUGGAUUGGAGGGCAAGUUUGGAGGGGGAGCAGGUCAAUAACAACGCUAAUCAAAUUUGAAAAUUUUUUAGGAAUUCCGAAGACAUUGUAAGGAUGAAGCUUCAGCAGUUGUUUUUUUUUUUUUUUUUUGUACAUUAGACUGAGGACAAGUGGGAGGUGGGACACGUCAUUACUUGCACCAUCUAAAACAAAAGGGCUCUCCAUUGGAUUCGAUGUGUUAUUCUGAAAUCACGUUUUCUUUGGAUCAAAGUUUAAAGCCCCUUGCACAUACAGUACCUCCACCAGGUCAUCCAAACCACUGGAAAGUGCUCGAUUCAGGUUCCAGGUUUUUUUUUUUUUUUGACUGAGCUCCCUCAUCUUGUGUAAAACCAAUUCCAAGAAGCUUGGAAUGACCCCGGGAAUGGUGGGCAAACAAACUAUACAUACAUGUUUAGUGAUCAAGAUUUGACCCACGAACACAUGCCAGCUUUGUCAUGUCGUCUGGCUUCCCUAGUGCCUUUCUGUAUCUCCUGACAGGGUUUUUAAAUGAACAUGAGAAUAACGACAGCAGAAUUGCAGAAACGGUAGUGCAAACUCAUUUAGGAGAAAUUGAUGUGCUCUUCUGCUUUAAUGUGACACUGAAAAUGUCAAGCUUUGGAGUCCGAUCGUGGCUCGGGUUUUUGCGGACAAUGUCUGGAAGUGCUUGUGGCUUGAAUUGCCUCACAAGACUGAACUUGUGCAAUGUUUUCUCUUCUCAAUCUCAGAACCUAUGUGUAUUUAACUGGUGCUAUGGAUUCUCUGUGUCACGUUCACCGCCUCCCAUUUUGUCAUCGUCCUAAAUGUUCAUAAUGUGUCUCCCAUUCAUCUCCUUACAGGCCGAUUUUGACAUUCUUUCGGUUUGUGUGUGUGUGUGUGUGUGUGCAAUGUGAGGUGAGUGCGAGGUGAUCUCUGUCAGGUCAAAACCCUUUUUACUAAAACAAGAUGCCAGGGCAGAACGCGGUUGUGGUUUUAAGGUGUUUUUAUACAAGAUGGAUAUUUUUGGACAUUUCUAAUAAGAAAAACUUUGUGGGGGGGUUGUGGGGGUAAAGUCAAUGUGGAAGUCAACUUGAAAGCAACCAAUUUUAUGUCCAUAAAGUAAAAUGGGAAAUUUUACUAUAUUUUACCCUAUGGGAAUUGACUGAAUUGUAAUAAUAGGUGUUAUAUACAAUAAUCCUAUCCAAUGGCUGAAGAAUAUAAGGAUUUUUUGAGGUCUUGUACAAAAGUGGUGCAAGCUAUAUUUUUUCAAAAUAUAAUACAUGUUUUUUAAUUCAGAACAGCAUGCACCAAAUAAUCAUGAAUAAUAAGACCAAGAAUGUGCUCUGAAAAGUAAACAAACACUUGCACCUUUUCUUGCAUUUUGGCAGAGGUUUUUAUUCAAAGCGACUUAAAAUAUACAUUUUUGCACUUCAUACUUUUUUUCUGGGAAUCGAACUAAUGACAGUAAGCCAUUUUGGCCUACAUGAUUGCUACAAAUAAACUACGCAGUGUCCAUUUUGAUUUCACUUUAAAUUUGGAUCUCGAAAGUAGUUUUGGGCAGCACUGAGUGAUCCUUUUAAGAAGGAUCUUGUUAGACGACUCACUCGACAAAAUAAUCAGAGCUCUGCACUGUACAGAAAUAUCGCUAGCUAUAAUCUUUCCUUUCAAUAUCACUGCCAUCUGAUACUGAUUGUAUUCCUCAUCGUUCACUGCAGUUUUCGUUUUAUCGUUUGUUUUUAUGAUUAAUCGAUUCAUUGUCAUGUUUCUACAGACUCAAGACAUUCACGUGGCUUUGCUGAUUUACAAGUCAUUCAUUUUGUAACCCAAUUCAUGUUGUUGCAUUGUAAACACUUCAAGUAGUUCUGUGUGUAUCACAGCUACACCAACACAGCAGGCCUAGAUGAGAGCGAGGAGGUUUCAAUCGUAACUGCACAAUAAAAUCAAAUCGCUGA